AUGGACGACCUUGUAGUUCCGAAGAAAGCAGCAAAGCAUCAGUUUCCAUAUGAAGAGCUUGUACUCAAGGAGAAUGAGGAAGCGUAUCCGAUGUGGGUGAAUUACGAUGGUCUUAUCAUACUUGAGACAUUUAGAGACUGCUCUAGACAGGCAAGCGACUUUCUUAUAGCAAUUGCAGAGCCUGUAAGCAGGCCUGUCAAGAUACAUGAGUUUCAGAUCACUGCGUAUUCGCUUUAUGCAGCAGUCAGUGUAGGGCUGACAACAGGAGACAUUAUAGAAACGCUUGAUAGGUUUUCAAAGAACUUUCUUCCAAGAUCGAUAAAGGUGUUUAUUACCGAAUGCACGCUGAGUUAUGGGAAGGUAAAACUUGUUAUGAAGGCAGGAAAGUUUUUUCUUGAAGCAAGUAGUGAGGAUGUAAGUAACAUGUUAUGCUUGGAUGCGGUGAUACAAUCGUAUGCAGAGAAUAUACAGAGUGAUGGAGUAGUUCGUAUAAAGACUGAGUGUGGGGAGCUUGUCAAGAAGAGAUGUAUAGAAAUAGAUUAUCCGUUGAUUGAGGAGUAUGACUUUAGGAACGACACAGUCCUAAAAAGCCUUAAAAUUGAUCUUAAGCCAAGCGCAGUGAUAAGGUCAUACCAAGAGAUAUGCCUGAAUAAGAUGUUUGGGAAUGGACGAGCCAGGUCUGGCAUUAUUGUUUUGCCAUGCGGGUCUGGAAAGACAAUAGUUGGGAUUACGGCGAUUAGUACAAUCAAGAAAAGCUGUUUAGUGUUAUGCACAUCAGCAGUGUCUGUUGAGCAAUGGAAGCAGCAGACACUGCAGUUUACGAAUGUUUUGCCUGAUAAUGUGGGAAGAUUUACAUCCGAUCACAAAGAAUGGCCUAAGGAUGAUUGUGGAAUAGUUGUGACGACAUAUACGAUGUUGGCAUAUACUGGAAAGAGAUCUUACGAAGCACAGAAGAUCAUGGAUCAGAUCAGAAGCACUGAGUGGGGCCUUCUUGUACUUGAUGAGGUGCAUGUUGUGCCUGCAAUGAUGUUCAGAAGGGUGCUGUCUAUAGUGUCUCAUCAUUGCAAGCUUGGACUUACAGCAACUCUUGUGAGAGAGGACGACAAGAUUGAGGACCUGAACUUUCUUAUUGGGCCAAAGCUUUAUGAGGCGGAUUGGCAAGAUUUGAGUGCCAAAGGGCAUAUAGCCAGGGUCUCAUGCGUAGAGGUGUGGUGUAGAAUGACUGGAGACUUUUACCGAGAGUACCUCUCUCAGCCAGCAAGGCGAAGAAGACUUCUUUCUAUUAUGAAUCCUACAAAAUUCCAGAUGUGUGAGUACUUGAUAGACAAACACGAGAGCAGAGGAGACAAAACAAUUGUAUUUUCUGAUAGUGUUUAUGCGCUGAAGGCAUAUGCAUUGAAGCUUGGUAAGCCGUUUAUAUAUGGACCGACGGGGCAAACAGAAAGGAUGAGGAUAUUGAAGCAAUUCCAAACGAAUCCAUUGAUCAACACGAUAUUUCUGAGUAAGGUUGGAGACACCUCGAUUGAUCUUCCCGAGGCAACGUGCCUGAUACAGAUAAGCAGCCACUUUGGUAGUCGUAGACAAGAGGCUCAGAGACUUGGAAGGAUAUUAAGAGCAAAGAGGAGGAAUGAUCCGGACUUCAAGGUGUAUUUCUACUCUCUUGUGAGUAAGGAUACGGACGAGAUGUUUUAUUCGAAUAAACGACAGCAGUUUUUGGUUGAUCAGGGAUACACAUUUAGUAUUAUUACAGAGAUACCUGAAGUAUAUGAGAAUGAAGGAUGUGUGUAUAAGACACGAGGGCAGCAGAAGGAGCUGUUGGCAAGUGUUCUGCUUGCAUCUGAAAGAGAGCUUGAGAGCGAAGAGAGUGGCGAAGAGGAAGCAAUAUACAAUGUAUCGAAGUUGAAGAGCCUGAGUGGAGCAGACGACAUGGCAUACAUAGAGAUGACGCCUCAGCGCCAUGUUGAUGGAAAGACAAAGCGAAGCAGGAAGUAG